AUGCGCAAUUCGUUGCGGUUGCGGCUCUCGAGCACAUCAUCAUCUCUGUUACGAUCGACUUUUUGGUUGCGGCAAUGUGGCAGCGGAGGCUGUGGCUUCAGUGGUGGGCCCGGUGGUUACCCCACUGACGCGGAUGCCCUUGCAAAGAUCCUUACGCAGGCGAAGAAAGGUUCAUUUAAUGGAUCUUCGUCGUCUCCCUCAGAUUUCUUCGAUGGCCGCUUCGUAGGGGGGAGCCCCACCAUGGACCCUGCCAUGCUUCAGGACAUGCACCAGAAGUUAAACCAAUCUCUCACACCGGAGGUGCGUGAGUCCAUGAAAGCGAUGAUGGAAAGCAUUCAGCGUGGGGAUGGGAUGCCGCAAAUGGGAAUGAUGGCAUUUGGUGUCGGAGAGAAUGAAAAGGGAAAGAAGGUUGCCAGGGGCGCCAAGUUAAUGUUUGAUCCGAGCACAGGGAAGCUUUCAAAGGACUUUGUUGAGAAGCAAUUGGAGGAUGAUGAUCCCGUGUUGCCUAAGGAAACUGUUGGUGACUACAACACUGAGGGUGCGAUAGAGGUGGAGUUCGAGGAGGAUGCGAGAAAAGAAGCAUCAGUGAGGGAAAACAUACCGGAGGCGGAGGUGAUUGUGGAGGAGGUUCCGCGGGAAAAGUGA